CAGAGUCACAGGUCCUAGAAUGGCUGUCUUGGUACGCGCCAUUUUCUUUGCGCUGAUAGUUGCUGUCGUAGGGGGAUUGGGAUAUCCUAGAAUAUGUAUUCCAGAUACAACUCCCUUGAUUAAGGGAUUCCGAAAGUUGGAUGUAACUAAGCUUACGGGCAUCUGGUAUAGUUUUUUGUGGAGACGGAACCCCAUGGUGCCGGACGACCGUGUUUUAUCGGAAUACACCGCCUACGUUACCGCCGGCAAAGAUGGAGCAUUUUCCUUUCAUAUCAGAGCGUUGCCGAAAGACGGACAAAAGUGCACAGACAUCAACGAGGCUUCAAGCCUAGUUCCUACAGGGAAUCCAGGGGACUUCUCCUUUGGUCCAUCAGAGAGCAACAACCAUUUCAAGAUCAUCGACACGGACUACACCAACUAUUUGUUGGUACUCAGGUGUUACGGGGAGGAUAAGCAAGGAAGGUGUCAGAGAGACGCCAUUCAGCUUUGGAGCCGCCGUGUUGGCCUGGACCCGAUUUACGUAUACUCCGGAAUGAAGAACAUUGCCCAGCGACUGUGUAAAACGUUUGAAGGGUUCCGUUUUAGUGUACACAAGUUAGCUUGUCAACUACGGGAGUAGGUCACCAAGAAAUAAUCUGCAGUGAGCCUCGCUGGCUAUUAUCCACCCUUACUGUACGCCAUAGCGAGCCAGCUUCGAGCAUGAAACAAAGCUUCUGCCAAGUCAGUUGAAAUACUAGCGUUAUUUCUUAUUAGACUAUAAAUGCCAUUAUAUAAAUUAAAUUGGUGUCCCAAGAAAGCAUCAGAGAAAGAUGAGUGUACACCUUAUGCUACAAAACGAUCAACAUAUUCAGUAAAACGACUAGGUUUCCUCGUUUUUUUUUCACAAUUUCUUUGAUUUAAUACUUUGUACUAUCUACUACAAAACUGUUUCAUAAACCUACAUGUAGGUGUACUAAAACCACUGAGCGACUAGUGCUAUAUAUUCGGAAGUCUUUUUCAGCUUUACUUUGAAAUAAAAACAGCUUAUUGAAAUUGUAAGUUAUUAUGGUUAUCAUUCUGAAGAAAAAAAAUACCCAAUCCCAUUUUUUGUGCACUUUUUAGUUCUCCAUGGACUUCUGUUACCUCAGAAAUAACAACUGCUUUCUUCUAGAGCUCACUGAUAGAUGGGUCUCUUAGGGUCUCGCUAAAACAAAAUCACGCCUGUUGUGAACCGCCUUUGAUCCACUUGUACUCUUUAAUAUCAUGGGUAAAUCCAAUGAUAUU